AUUAGCAGCCGUGCUGGCAAGCCUCCUUACAACCCUUUAGACAUGUUGGCGUCCUUACGGAAAGCGGGCGCGGUAGCUCGUGCUGCAUCUGCGGGUCAGAAGCGUUUCCUGUCCAUCCACGAAUAUCAAUCCGUGAACCUUCUAAAUUCCUACGGUAUCCCAACGCCCAAGAGUGUCGCAGCCAAGACUCCGGAUGAGGCGUAUAAUGUCGCGAAGAACUUUGGUCAAGAUAACCUUGUGAUCAAGGCGCAGGUGCUCGCUGGUGGACGCGGAAAGGGCAAGUUUGACAAUGGGCUUCAGGGAGGCGUACAUAUGGUAGCGAGUCCCGAGCAGGCCAGAGAGUACGCCAGCAAGAUGAUCGGCGCGAAACUGAUCACAAAACAGACAGGAGCUGCAGGCCGAGUGUGCAAUGCUGUCAUGUUGGCUGAGCGCCGAGACCCUGCACAUGAAUACUAUGUCGCGGUCUUAAACGACCGUGCGACGGGUGGCCCGGUGCUCGUGGCGUCCGCCCAGGGGGGGAUGAAUAUCGAGGAAGUGGCUGCGAAAGACCCCAAUGCCAUCAUCACGGUACCUAUCGACUUUGAGAACGGCCUGGACAGGGCCACUGCACUUAACCUUGCUACCAAGCUGGGGUUCAAAGGCGAUCAGGCGAACCAAGAAGCUGCUGACAUUUUCAUCAACCUGUACAAGAUCUUCAAAGACAAGGACGCGACUCAAAUUGAGAUCAAUCCCAUGGCUGAGACGACUGACGGUCAUGUUCUCUGUAUGGAUGCUAAGUUCGGGUUCGAUGACAACGCUGAAUUCCGUCAGAAAGAUGUCUUUGCUCUUCGAGACAUCACGCAGGAGGAACCCUCUGAAGUCGAAGCUCAGAAGCACAAUCUCAAUUUCAUCAAGCUUGACGGUAGCGUAGGGUGUCUGGUUAAUGGCGCCGGUCUGGCUAUGGCUACAAUGGACGUCCUUUCGUUACAUGGUGGGAACCCUGCAAACUUCUUAGACGUUGGAGGUGGCGCUACGCCUGAAACAGUCAAGAAGGCUUUCGAGCUGCUUGUGUCGGAUCCGAAAGUCAAGAGUAUAUUCAUCAACAUUUUCGGAGGUAUCAUGCGCUGCGAUUAUAUCGCCGAAGGUGUAAUCAACGCAAGCAAGGAAUUGUCAUUGAAGAUUCCUCUGAUAGUACGGUUGAAGGGCACCAAAGAAACGGAGGCGAAGGAGAUGAUCCGUCAGUCUGGCAUGAAAAUCUACGCAUUUGACGGGCUCGAUGAAGCUGCCGAACAAGCCGUUCAGUUAGCUGCGUAGGCACACCACAGUGUCCCAUCUCGGCUUUAAUACCAUAUUAUUGGAGGAAUUGGGUAUUGCGUGGUUGAUAAAUAUUGGUGACAGAGAAGAACAACACCAUGGAAAACAUUGCAAGGAAAACAUCUCAGAUAAACAUGUUGCGAAGCGAGCUAAUUACCAUGCCGAUCUCGCGAAAGCAGUUGGUGCUGUUGAUGAGUAUCCAUUAAUCUGCUGAUGACCCGUAGGAUGAUGAGCUGCUGCUAUAUCGUAUGGCGAUCUUGGCUGGGUUUGCGGAGCAGGGACAGCAGCGUAUGAGUGACCCGGUGUAAGUGGUACAUGGGAUGUGUGAACCAUGACAGGACUGCCAGGGUAUAUAGAGGCGUGCGGAUUUGUCGGGGUACCAUGCGACAUACUGGGACUCAUCAUUGGCAUCCCUCCGGAACGAUGGGAAGAGCCGCUCGAUAGUUGAGCCGGGGGAUUCUGCAUAUGCGACGGUGGCAUGGUAUACAUCGGUGAAGAAGGAUAAGGAAUCAUCGGCGUUCCGUAAGGCGAAGGAACCGCUCUCAUCAUGCCUGCUCCUGCAGGCUGAGGUUGAACAGGGACCCAGACAGUUUGGCUAUACUGCGGUGGAUGUCCAUUUACUUGCAUACGACCAGGCACCGGGCUGGGUGCCAUAUGCGUCGGAUAGAUUACAGUAGGACUCGGAGAGCUGAGCAUCGGUGAAGGAUAUGGUCCAUACGUCGGCCGCAUUCCGGGAUGUUGGAGAGGAGGAUACGGUAAGCUCAUGGGACGUGGGACAGAUAAAUUGGACGGAGGGGACAAGGCCGUUCGUUGACUAGACGUACUAGCGCUGGCGGGGGACGAUGGUACUUGUUGGAAUGCUCGCGUAACAUCCUGUAUCGACAUGCGAGACGAAGGACCAGGGGCAGUGGGAGGAGGCGUUUCGCCAUCUUCUGACUUUACGUCGGGCACCGUAAACGGCAGAGCGGUUAGAUCGUCCGCGAUGCCCUCUAGUGAGUUUACAGAGGGCAGGUUAGCCUUAUCUGAUGCCUGCGACCAAACAAUCUUUAGAUGCUCUGGAUCAGGCCCGCGAGACGGUGAAUCUUUCAUAGGCAGCAUCAAAGACGAACUUCCCCAAGUGGGAUCAGCACUAUGAGAAGCUGUCGACGUGCUAUCCGUCUUUUUACCCGGUUCAUCCUGACUCCUCCUAUGAACUUGAUUCUGCCUAUCAACUGGAAGGGAUCGACCAUAAUCUGGUUGCUGAGCGUUGACGGCUUGAGUAGUGGGCGGAGGUGAUAGUUUCUCAGUGGUCGCUUUUCCAGAGGCUAAUUCGCUCGGUGCUUCGGCACGAUCUGAAACCUGAGAGCUCUUCAUUGACAUCGACUCAGAGUCAUCCAGCUCACUUGAGACCGUGAAGUUGACGCUAGGCUUCACAUCAGCUACGGCGAUGUUUACACGGGCGUCC